UCAGUCUGAGAGAAGAGGAGCAGCAGGAGGAGACGUGCCGGUCUCCUCUCCGCUGUAAUGACAAGCCCUCACAGCCACUCUCUCCAACUCCUCUGAAACAACCCUCAGCCUCCAGGAUUUUCCUCCGCCGCUUCCCCUCUUCCUUUUUCUUUUCAGUUGCACCUUAUUUCAUUUUAUUUUCAUUUAUUUUACUUUAUCUAACCUCUCAACCACCCCCCUCCACAGAGAUGUCAACAGAUAAUGAAGACCCCCUGCCUCUGGUGAUUUGAAUCCUCCCUGCUUCAGAGAACUGAACAUUCUCAUCUUCCGCCCCCCAUUUUUUUUCCAAUUUUCUUUUUUGGACGUUCAUCUGCCGUUCAGCAAUGUAGGAGAAGUGACGGCGUCAUUUCAGCAAUGAGGAUGCCAACUGCAUGCCCCGAUUUCGGCUCUCGGCAUCUUGCAUCUUUGCCUUUUCUGCCGGGGGCUGAAAAAUGAACGAUUUGCGUGAAGGCAAAGUUUGAGGGUACCUCUUUCGGUUUCCCGCUCACCUGUCCGCCUGCACGCGCCUACCCCCUCUCUCUCCUCUCGGCUGGUGAGCAGGGAGAGCAAAUCAUCGCCAACAGAAGAACUGACGAACAACUUCAAAGAGACCCGACUAUUGUUCUGGUAUUUUUAGUGGAAUUUUUUUUUUUGUUUUUUUCGGCAGUGUUUUUUUCCUCCUUUUUCCCCCCCCAGUCCUUUUUUUGGGAGGAAAUUGAUGUGCGCAACGUAGAAGGAUAUGGCUUAAAUGAUGUUUGCGUUGACAGCUGGAGUAAGGUCCGUAACUUGAGUGCUUUCUUUUCAUCAGCAAUUGCCGACUUUGGUGGAAAAACCCAUCCAAAUGGGAGGAUACCUGGAGGACUGAGUCGGUUUUCGACAGUCGAGAGAGAGAGAGAAAAAAAAUGUGGAUAAAACGGAGUGUCGCGCGCAGUCCGUCUGCUUUGAAGCCAGGCAGCUGUGUGGGGCAUCGGGUGUGGAUCCUGCUAGCCAUGACUCACCUUACCUUGGACUUCUCUGUGUGCAGCCCUCUCAGUCAAGGUCUGGGGAUCAAACUCACGCCUAAACCGGUGCCUCGCUCACGGCCUCGCUUGCAGCCCCUCUGGGAUAAGCCUAACAUGCUUCACUGGAGAACAGUGAGCCCGUUAGCCCACCGGCUCCUGAGCCCUGUUCCUCCGCCCCAAGACAGCAGGGCAGGAAUAGUGCCAAAAGUUAAAGGUCAAAAGCAUUGGAAGCCAGCACACAAAGGACAAGCAGCGUGCAAGAAUUGCCGGCUGAGAUACUCUCAAAAAGAGACGGGCGAUCCUUUGGCUGUAAUAGCAAAAGCUCCAGUUGCUUUAUCAAGCGGGAGGUUGUUAAUUAGAACCAGGAGGCAGCUCAAAUGGGACAGCUAUGACAAGUCUCAGGAGGGCCGGACUACAACAGUGGCUGGAUUUAUUGACUGGGGACCCACGGGGACUGAUAGCAUAGAUGAGGAUGGCAAAAUGGAGCCAAACUUAACAUCCACCAGGGCUGCAACUACUACAGUGGCCACAACCACUAGCACUACAACCAGGCUCUCCCAAAGGACGUUCACUGUGGUGACCACAACAGAGUCCAAGAGCACCACCAAGUCCUCUAUGAGCAACACGGAGUCUGUCAAACCACCAAAGCUAGACCCACCAGGGGACACACCAGGUUUGGCAGUUCACCAGAUAAUCACAAUCACUGUGUCUCUCAUUAUGGUUAUCGCGGCCUUGAUCACAACACUCGUCCUUAAAAACUGCUGUGCGCAGUCUGGAAAUGGUCGCCACAAUAGCCAUCAGCGAAAGAUCCACCAGCAAGAAGAAAGCUGCCAAAACCUGACAGACUUCACCCCAGCUCGGGUGCCCAGCAAGGUGGACAUAUUCACUGCCUACAACGACAGCCUGCAGUGCUCGCACGAGUGCGUUCGGACUGCCGUACCCAUCUACACUGAUGAGAUGAUCCAGCAGACGCCUGUCUACAAGACUGCUUAUAACGGAAACAGGCCCUCACCAACUGAAAGACAACUGAUUCCUGUGGCCUUUGUGUCAGAGAAGUGGUUUGAGAUCUCAUGUUGACGAGCUGAAGGCCUUGUUCAUGUUCUGUGGGUGGAAGAGACUUCAUGAAUUCACGCUUUGGAUCCAGUUGGAAACAAGAAA